AUGUCUGAAAAUAACCCGAUUAAGCUCACACUCAAGGGUACUCCCCGAGAAAUCGGAGUACAACAUGGCCGAGCUUUGCGAGAGCAGAUUCGUAGUCAAAUAUCCAUCUAUGAAGCCAUGUUCCAGCAGACAUCCAAACUGGCCUGGGAAGAUGUCCGAGAAGUCGCAAAGGAGUUCCAGUCAACGUUGAAGAUUCUGACACCGCAUCUGCUCGUGGAGAUGGAAGGGAUCGCCGAAGGUGUCGAACUUGCCGUGCUCGAUAUCGUCGCGCUAAACUGCCGAAGUGAAAUCGCCCUCGGCAAGUUCUCCGAUGGCUGCACCACGCUGUGUUGGAGGAAGAAUGAUGGGGCGCGAGUUUUAUCGCAAAACUGGGAUUGGACAGCCAAUGUUAAGAAGAAUCUGGCCAUGGUUUCAAUUGAGCAAGAGGGGAAGCCUAAGAUCUAUAUGGUUACCGAGGCAGGCAUAGUGGGCAAGAUUGGAUUCAAUUCAAGUGGCGUUGGAACUUGUCUCAAUGCGAUACGAGCAAAGCCGAUGUUGAGUACAAAGCUGCCCAUUCACGUUGCACUUCGGUUAUGUCUGGAAAGUCCAUCCGUCCAUGAUGCUGUCCAAAUAAUUGAGUCACUGGGUGGAGUUGCCUCUGCGCAGCACAUCCUUUGUGCGGAUUACACGACCGCCCUGGGUCUUGAGCUGUCCCCAGUCGGAGACAAACACCUCACUGAAGAUGCUUCCGGGAUCAUCGGCCAUGCCAACCACUUCCUCGAAAAUCGAUAUGUUGAUGAGCCGGCAUGGCUAUCUGGAUCACCAAUUCGAUUGAAACGACUGGGAGAGUUGACCAAGGAGCUCAUUGAUGUGGGUGUCAAGGGCGAGGAUCUUACCGCUGCCUUGCUGAGAGAAUCCAUUUUCUCCGACACGUUCAAUCUCCCUCAAGCCAUAUGCUGCCAGGAAGAUCCUUCGCGACCUAUAACUAACAGGAGCAGCUCUUUGUUCAACAUCGUCAUGGACUUGGAUCCGAAGAACCUGGGAGCAGAGGUGGUCUUCGGUCGGGUAGGAUCCGGGGAAGAGGGACCUGUCAUCAAAAUGCCUUGGUGA